GAGAGAAAAUUAUGGAAAGCAAUCACUGUUAUAACUAACUGACUCAAUGCACUCGCCCAUAAAUUUCGCUGGCAUCAGCUACGACCGUUGUAUCGGUGACGGGGCUGCGCAUUGAGCACAGCGUAGCGGGAGAGCUGCGGUCAAUCGCAGGGGAGUACGGCACAGCGGACCAUGCGUUUUGACUCAGUUCCGUUCACGAUGAGACGCCGUGCGGAGAUGGAAGUUUGGAGCGCGGCGGUGUAACCUUGGCUGAGGUAUCCGCAACGGGGAGUAGGCGUCAACAUGGGAGCAGCGUGGAAAACUGCCGCCGGUUCUUUUGUAUAAGAGGACUCUAAGGCCAGCCGCCGGUCUGAGAGGAUGGGGCGGUUGAAGUUCGGUGCUGUUUGGUGCUGUCUGGCCGCCAUCUUGCUUCUAGAGCAACUUCCUGUCUGCUCGCCGGAAGUUGACGAAACCGACGGCGGAUACGGAAGUGGAAGUGACCCGGAUAGAACCUUCGUUGUGGUCAGGCGCCAUCGCUCCAGCCAAAACAACAACAACUUGGAAGACGAGCACUACGAAUCUUCAACAGGAAGCGGCGCUGAUUCAAUAGAGGACUCCUACAUCAUCAGCCCUCUUCAGUUCAGCCCGAGCGCUGCGGCACCCUUCACUCCUAGUGACGUCAUGAGCAACGGUUCAGACUUUUUCUUCGCUCCCAUCGUCAUUGAGAAGAUGACCGAACCUCCUUCAGAAUUGCUCUCCAGAACAAGACGGACGUCUUUGUUACCCGACGUAGGGACGGAGAAGGAGUACUUCUUCAGGAGAGACUUUCCGCCAACGGGAGCGUCGGAAGAAGUCGAGCAGUCUUGGUAUGCGGAUUAUGAAUACGAAGACGGAGAAAUGCCGCAGAACGAUGAGCCCUACAAACCGGGAACGCCAGAAGAAGACGUUCACAUUGUCAGCUGCCAAAUGGACGUUGCAUGCAACCCUAACGAUCCUCUCGCGAAGUGCACCUGCAAAAAUCAGAUCGAGGCGUUUGGAGAGGCCCGCUGCAUCAUACCGAAAGCGCGUGUCAGCCAUAUAUCCAUGGCCAACUCGGGGAAAAUGAACGUAUUCUGUGUGGGAGUGACUCUGACCCCGCCAGACUCCGACAGCGAUUACGAGAUGCAGACCAGGUGUAAAUACUACGGAGGCAACAACGAGAAGUACAAGGUCUACGUCACCAAGAAAGUUGAGUUAGACGAAUUGUCGGCGACCGAAAAAGUCAGAUACCGAGCGUGUCUGGAGCCCUUAAAGGACUGAGAAAACCCAACUGUGAGUGUAGAUAUUGCAGUUCUUUUGCAAAGUCUUCCGUAAAAUUAGAUUCCAAACGUCCUAUAUAAAAUAAGAUGGCGACACAAGAUCAUGUCACAUCUGCCCUCCGAAACUGCGAACAAUGAAAACGACUUUUUGCUGAGGCAAUGCUCAAA